GGUAAGCAUCUUCCGAACACCGCAACUUUUGCUUGUGAGGCCUAUUCUCGGCGCAGACCUCUUGCGUCACCUUGCGCCGUGAGCUGGAACCUGUCCAUAUCCACCUGCAAAGCUGCACGUCCACCACAAUCGACCAUUGUGGCAGGCCUUUUUUUUCCCAUUUGUAUAUUUGUACACCAACCGUACUUCCUGCGUCGUCCAACAACCACAUCCAAAAGAUCAUGAGCAAGUUUUCUCGCCUGGCAGCGGCAACACCAGGCGGCCAAGCACCGGGCGCACCUCAACCGCCUACGAGUCCCUACCCUCAACAACAACAACAACAACAGCCGUCACCUUAUAACCAGCCUCCGGUACCUCCUCGGCCAAGUGCAUCACCACAGCCAUACCAGCAGCCUGCGUGGCAGUCCCCGCAGCAGCAGCAACAACAACAACAACAGUAUGGCCAACAACUAGGCGUUCCACCCCAAGGAGGGUAUCAAGGUGGAGGUUACCAAUCGCCGCAACCGCAGUCCGCAUACACUUCAUACCAGUCGCAAUACCAACCCCCCAAUCAAUACGGCGCGCCACAAUAUCAACAGCAGCCGUAUCAGCAACAGCAGAACAGUGGAUAUGGAUAUGGUGGUCCUCAAGGUCAAGGUCAAGGUCAAACCCCCUACCCCGGCGGUCCUCAAGGCGGUGGCCCUCCCCCUCAGCAAUAUGGCGGCCAACCUCAAUACGGUGGUGGUCCCGGCGGCCCCGGCGGUCCUCCUCCCGCUCCCGUUGGAAAUGUAGGCGGUUACAAACAACUCCUACAAGCAGCGAUUCAAGAGAAGGGCCUGCAAAGCUUCUACCCACCCAAUUCGCCGAUUCUUGACCAGAUCGCCAACCGAGCCGCUCAGCAAGUCGCACAGCUCGCAGCAGCAUGGCGCAUCAACAGCGAAAUCGCAUCGGACAUUGUCAAGCUCGCACUCUACGACGUCGUGCUGUACAUCGACGACAGCGGUUCCAUGCAGUUUGAAGAGAACGGGGAGCGUAUUGACGACCUGAAGUUGAUAUUGUCGCGUGUCGCCUUUGCGACCAGUCUCUUCGACGAUGACGGCAUUCAAGUCCGCUUCAUGAACUCUCCCGACGGAGGUAACAACAUCCGUAGCGAGCAACAAGUCACCGAGAUGGUCGCGCGCACUCGCUUCUCCGGCCUCACUCCCAUGGGUCGAGAACUCGACAACAAGAUCCUUCGCCCGUUGGUUCUCCAAGCCGCUCGCAGUGGCCAACUUCGCAAGCCGGUCUUGGUCAUCACAAUCACCGACGGUCAGCCAACCGGUGAAAGCUCUGGAGACGUGGCCAGGAUCAUCAAGAACGCUUCGGACGAGCUGUCUAGAAACCCUCGAUACGGCAAAGGUGCCCUUGCCUUCCAGUUUGCUCAGGUCGGCAACGAUCUCAAGGCUCGUGAGUUUUUGAGCAAGCUGGACGAGGAACCCACGAUUGGUGACAUUAUCGAUUGUACAUCCAACUACGAAGUCGAAGCCGACGAAAUGUCUCGCGCGAACCCACCGGUCAACCUGACCCCAGAAUUGUGGCUCAUCAAGCUCCUCCUCGGUAGUAUCGAUUCUUCCUAUGACGCCAAGGACGAGAAGAGCAACGCCCCUCGACCCCCUCCGGGACAAGGUGGCUACGGUGGUCCACCUCCACAACAGGGCGGCUACGGCGGUGGAUAUCCCCCUCAGGGUGGCUACGGUGGUCCUCCACAACAAGGUGGUUAUGGCGGCGGCCCUCCUCCUCAGCAAGGCGGGUAUGGUGGCCCUCAACAGGGCGGCUAUGGAAGACCUCCUCCUCAGCAAGGUGGUUACGGUGGACCACCGCAGCAGCAGGGAGGCUAUGGUGCACCUCCUCCACCUCCGCGGUAUUAAAGCUGUGACAGGGCCUAGUCCUUGUAUUGGUGACGUGGUGAUGGGAAGAAGGGCUUUGUGUGUGCAUGUGUGUGUGUGUGUAUGAAAUGAACGAACCCCUAUUUAUCAUUACCAUGACGCGCGUAGAGCGUACCUAAGGUGGUACAGGCAUGACAGAGACAUGGAGAGACGGCAAGGCUACAAGGAAAAUGAUAUCAACUAGUACACAGUACAAUGUCCCGCAGAACAAAAAGCAUACCCGCCGAAGAUCCAUGGUUUUCGGGAUCAUGGCUUUUCGUCGACGACUUUUCAAAAUCAGCCUCCUCAUCGUCUUCUCUUUUUUUUCUACGAGGACUUGAAAUGGUCGACCUUGUCAGGGGCAUAGGGGAAUUAUUUAUGUGCAAAGGCGAGACUACUACCCUCUUUCCUUUUUAUUUCCUCCGCCCUUGCCACGGCUCGUGAAUGGGAAACAAAAGUGAUUUUUCAACUUCUCCGCCCCAGCCAGCAAAAGCCCAGAAGACAUAAAGGGGUGGGGAGGAGAGAGAAUUUUUGAUACAACAGCGUAUUAUGCUUUGAGCUACAGGCACGAAUCCAGUGCACACCGAAUGAGUCAAGUGGACGUCUCCUCUCUCUCUCCCUCCCUCCGUCCCUCCCUCGUACUGACACAAAGCCCCAGAAUCACUGCCCCCUUCUGAAGGCGUAGAUAGUAAUUCACCGCACGCACAACUUUCCACGCCGCUCAGUGAAUUCACAGGCCCCUUCACUUGCACUGGCACCGCCUUUGGAUCGUGACGCAACUGCGUCACGCUCUUUUGUUGCUGUCGUUGUUGUUAUUGUUGUAAAUUUUUUCCUCUUCAAUUUAGAGAUUUCAAGGUAGGAAGAAGAAACAAAAUUAAACUCAAGCUUCCAUGAAUCUUCAAAAAGGUCCUCACGACGC